GAGCCCUGCGUGGCCGCGCUGGCGCGGGUGGAGCGGACGGACUUCCUCUCCCCGGUGUGCAUCGGCGAGGUGGCCAACGUCAGCGCUGAGAUCACCUACACCUCCCGGCACUCUGUGGAGGUCCAGGUCAACGUCAUGUCCGAAAACAUCUUAACAGGGGCAAAGAAGGUGACGAACAAGGCGACGCUGUGGUACGUGCCGCUCUCGCUAAAGAACGUGAACAAGGUCCUUGAGGUUCCCCCCAUCCAGUAUGCGAGAAAGGAGCAGGAGGACGAGGGGAAGAAGCGUUAUGAGGAGCAGAAGCUGGAUCGUCUGGAAACUAAGCAGAGAAACGGCGACUUGAUCUUCCCUGUCAUCAACCCAGAUAGGCAGACGAAAG